AGUUUCAUUCUGGUUUUUGUGCAACCUCGAGGAUUUCUCCCCAAAGCCGAACCGUUUCACAGAUCGAAUCACAACUUGAAUGGCCACCCCUCAUACACCACGAUCACGGAAGUCACAGGUACCACCGCCAGAUACACCCCUAGUCCCUUGCCACACCUCACAAUUUGAUUAUCGCACGGGGGAUCUGGAGCUAGGUCGCGAGGCUGUUCUUACUGACUUGAGAAGGUAUCUGCAGGUCCCGUUCGGUUCACUAGCGAAGUGUGUUGGUGCCGUGCCUUCUCAGCAGCUUCUGGAGGAGAUGCGCGACGACUUCAUACGAAGCGAGAUUCUCACCGACAACGGCCUGGAAUGGAAGGACUUCAUUCGACCUGCGAAAAUGUCCGAAGAGAUGUCGUUCAAGCUCGAGGGAAUCAUCUCUGGAAUCUUGGAACAAGUCCCGAAUUGUGGAGUAUCCUACCUAUCGAAUCCGAAUAAAAUGCUCCUCUCAGAGCGCCAUAAUACUUCCCUGCCGGAUGGAUACCUUAUGCAUUGGUUCGAUAUCGCUGUGCCAUUCGAAUUCAAGAAGGAACAGGAUGCCAAAGCUUUCCGAGACAACGAACAUAAGAUAAUCUGGAGCCUUCACAAUAUCAUGCGCGAGGACCCCUGUCGUCGGUUCGCCUUCGGUAUCACAAUCGAGGACACGCAAUUGAGACUGUGGCUCGGCAAUCGUGGGUUCCUCGCAGUUACAGAGCCUAUCAACUGCUUCGAGGACAUUGAUGGCGUCACCUCUCUCUUUUAUGUUCUUGGAUCAGCAUCUACGUCUACCUCCUUGAAAGGGCUUGGAUGGGACCCCACUAUUGAGCGGAUCCGUGUAGAAGAAAAAACGCAAUACAGGUUCACAGUAGGGGACGAAGUGUUCACCACGACACGGGAACUUGCCACCUACGGCGCGGACUCUAUGGUUGGGCGUGGAACUCGCGUGUACGAAGCCACGGACGCUAAAGGGAAGAAGGUUGCCAUCAAAGAUUCGUGGAGAGAAAUUGACCGUCAAUCUGAGGGCGAGAUCGUAGAAAAAAUCUUGGCCUCCUGCGAGAAGAAGCUGGGAACAGAGGAUUUCGCCGAUGCCAAGAGACACUUCAUUGGAGUCCGGCUCUGGAAGGAUGUCACAAUCGACGAUGCCUCGGAUGAGACGGUAAACCCGGUGGCCGGAUAUGAGCAUGAUGGCACCUGGAAGUCGAAACCUAUCGAUCUCAAGCCCAUCCUCUCCGAAAGGCCGCAUUUAUCUACCACGGGUGACGUACCCGACAGUGGUAGACUAUCUGCCUUCCUUCCCGCACAAUUGGGCAUUGUCGGGAGAAAGGAAACACGAAUCCCACAGAGAGUCCACGCGCGCAUCGUUUUUGACGAUGUUGGAGUCGCUAUCAAGGAUGUGAUCUCUCUGGCCGACAACCUGAGUUGCUUGUCUGGCGGACUGAAGGGUAAAUCGCUCACGCCACCCUUAGCCCUAUCUUAUUUGCAUAAAGCAGGCUGGGUCCAUCGCGAUUUCAGCGUCAGGAACGUGAGUUGGAUCGUCGGCGACAACGGGGGUAUCGGCAAACUGAGUGACUUCGAGUACGCGAAAGAGAUAGAUUCAAACACUUCUCACGACGAUAGAACGGGAACAAUGCAUUUCACGGCGAUAGAAUUAGAAUAUCAGGAGUACUUUUUCCUCCCCCGAGCUUCCCUUCCACCUGCUAGUACAUCUCUUGACACAGACCCUCCGCUCCCUCCUCCAUUCCCCAUGAACUUCCUGCACGACAUCGAAUCUGCAUGGUGGGCAUAUACGUGGAUCUUCUUUUAUCACACGGACACGAUCACGGCGAACUCCAACAAUUCCUUUGAUGCGCAUGCGCAGUGGAGACAAUUCCAGCUGGCGUUCCCUGGUGCGAUUUGGCAGGGAACACCCCUGAACUUCUUCACUCAAAUCCGAAGACUUCAGUGGACCUGCAAAUCUAUCCUUUCAGACAGAUGCUCUAAUGUCUGCAAAAAUAUUUCUCAUUUCGCACAAACUCUCCGAGACAGUUAUGAAACGGCAGAGUCUAAAUACCCCUUGCUUGCGCUUGAUGACUCCCUUCUGAAAGACAUGCAUAGAAAAGCCGCAGGAUAUCUCGAUGAUGCGCAACAGAAUGCUGGUGAUAUCAAACUUUGUCUGCUCCCUAAGCUCCUCGAGCAGAAGAGGCCCCGAGAGGAAGGUGAAACGUCAGAUAAUGCAGGGAAGAGGAUCCGACACGGUUGA